GUCCUAACUCCCGGUUCCCCCGCCUCGGGCAGGGCUGGAUGGCCUCAGGCAGAGGCCAGCAGAGGGAGGAGGACCGGAGUCCCCGUCCGCACCUUCCCCCACCCCAGCUGCAUUUUCCCCCAACUCGUCCGGGCGCUGACCUCCGGGCGGCAGCCGGCCCGCGGAUCCCGGAGGGAGGAGGGCGAACCGAAGCCCGGAGGCCACUCGGAUUGUUACGCGCUUUCAACUUCGCGGAGUGCCGUGCGAUAGGGUGCAGCGGGGUUUCCGCCCGGCGCCACCCGGGUCCCCGCGCGGGAAGCGGCUCAACGGGGAAGGCAGCCGGCGCCCGCGGUCUCCCGGCCGGACGCCCGCGUUCUUCCGGCCAGCCCCCCACGGGGGGGAGGGGCGCCGACGCCGCGUUCUCGGGGCCCCGCAGCCAGCGGAAGGGCCGCGCAUCGCGGAAGCGCGGCGGCAGCUGAAGAUCAGCUGCUGGAGGAGGCGGAGAGGGAGAGGGAGGAGCCUCGGGGGGAAGGAGAGGGAGGGGACCGUCAGGAAGCCGCGAACGCUGCCGAGUGUCUGCACACCUCGCUCUGCCUGCCAUGGCUGGUUAAAGAACCAUCCGGAUCGCAGCGCGGGGGGAGGGCCGGGUGGGGGGAGCGGCGGCCGCGCGUGAGGCCGAGGGAGGGGCGGCGGCGCGAGCGGCGGCGGCGGCGGCGGUUCCAGCAUGAAGAGGAGAGCUGGCCUGGGGGGCAGCAUGAGGUCAGUGGUGGGCUUCUUGUCCCAGCGGGGCUUGCAUGGGGACCCCCUGCUCACUCAGGACUUUCAGAGGAGACGCCUGCGGGGCUGCAGAAACCUCUACAAGAAGGACCUCCUCGGCCACUUCGGCUGUGUCAAUGCCAUUGAAUUCUCCAACAAUGGAGGCCAGUGGCUGGUCUCAGGAGGAGACGACCGCCGGGUUCUGCUGUGGCACAUGGAGCAAGCCAUCCACUCCAGGGUCAAGCCCAUACAGUUGAAAGGAGAGCACCAUUCCAACAUUUUUUGCCUGGCUUUCAACAGUGGGAACACUAAAGUGUUCUCUGGAGGAAACGAUGAGCAAGUUAUCCUCCAUGAUGUUGAAAGCAGUGAGACACUGGACGUGUUUGCUCAUGAAGAUGCAGUAUAUGGCUUGUCUGUGAGCCCAGUGAAUGACAACAUUUUUGCCAGUUCCUCAGAUGAUGGCCGGGUUCUCAUUUGGGACAUCCGGGAAUCUCCCCAUGGAGAGCCCUUCUGCCUGGCAAACUAUCCAUCAGCUUUUCACAGUGUCAUGUUUAACCCUGUGGAGCCCAGGUUGUUGGCCACAGCCAAUUCAAAGGAAGGAGUGGGACUCUGGGACAUUCGAAAACCUCAGAGUUCUCUCCUGCGCUAUGGUGGAAACCUGUCCCUACAAAGUGCCAUGAGUGUACGAUUCAACAGCAAUGGGACCCAGCUCCUGGCCCUGAGGCGGCGCCUGCCCCCUGUGCUCUAUGACAUCCACUCCCGCCUGCCUGUGUUUCAGUUUGACAAUCAGGGUUACUUCAACUCAUGCACUAUGAAAAGCUGCUGUUUUGCGGGAGAUCGUGACCAGCAUCACAACUGGAAAUGGAGAGCCCAAGCUGUGAGUUUCCAGCCUUUUCUCGGUCUCACUAGGAAUGGAGAUGCUGAUGUGACUUCAAGCUGGCAGUUUAAGAAUACACUUGGCAUUCUUGCACCUUCUUUCUUGGCCAUAGAAGUUCUGAAGUGUCAGUGACCAGUUGGGCUUGUCUAGGUAACCAAGCCGAGGAAAGACAAAUGUGAGGAAAGACAAAUCUAAGGACAGAUUGAUCAAAUAAGCAAAUAUUCUCAAGCACAGCAAAUAUUAUUGCUCCUUAAUGUAUAGAUUGAGAAAAAGAGAAGCCUUAGUCUCUUGGUAGUGCUUAGUGUUCUUAUCUUUGGGCCAAUCAGCUGUGACAACUUUUGAUGUACAAUUCUCAUAUGCUGUACCCCACCUUGGAGUUAUUUUUGGCAUAAAAGAAAUAUAAAAGAGGCAUAAAAGAAAAAUUUCUUUGAGAAUCUGGCAGGACCUUGCUUUUUGAAGUAAAAGCUAGGAUUUUUCUCCCUAGGUGGGGGUUGCUAGAGGCCUCCUAAUGUCAUAGUUUAAGGAUUAAUAGAUUUAGUAGGAACCGAAUAAGUGCCUGUUGAGUUGACUUGCUUGUGAUAGAUGAGAACUUUUUUUAAGUUUUCUGAACUAGGGAUUUCCCCUCUUUUAAACAGAGACUAUACAUCCAAAUUCAGGAUUUAUAUUCAUGUUGGAGUCUUCUGGCCUACUUAGCUGAGAUCCAUACUGGAGACCACUAGGUGGCCUCAGUGAUGUCUCCUUGGGGAGUCCACAGUGCCUGAAUGACUUAAUUUGUAUAUGCCUAUGUGGUACUGCAAGGAAUUUGUUUCUUGGAUGGGAAGAAGGCUUCUAGAGGUGAUCAGACUCACAAUAGAACAGAUAGGCAGAAUGGUUGAUUUAGCUUCGUCUGACUGUGGAAAUGACAAUCAGGUCUCUCCCUCUCUUUCCUUCUUUGCUUUUGUUGAUUUUCCAUCUUUUAUCAAUUUCUUAUGCACGUAAUUCUUGUUUUGUUGAAUAAUGCAGUG